GCGGACAAGAUGGCGGCCCGAGGGGGACGGGCGGCGGCGGCGGCUCCCCAGGGCCCGGGCGGCGUCAACAUCUUCGCCAACGACGGCAGCUUCCUGGAGCUCUUCAAGCGCAAGAUGGAGGCGGAGCAGCGGGGCCGGGAGGCGCCGGCCCAGGGCCGAGAGCGCCGCCGCACGGGGACGGGAGACCGCGCGCCCGGUGAGUCCCGCUGGCGACAGCAGCGGGGGCGCCGAGGAAAAAGAGACGGAGCGCGCUCAACUUCCUUCGUGGGCAAGCGGAGAGGUGGCAACAAACUAGCCCUGAAGACAGGAGUGGUAGCAAAGAAGCAAAAGACUGAGGAGGAGGUUUUGACAAGUAAAGGAGAUGCCUGGGCCAAAUACAUGGCAGAAGUGAAAAAAUACAAAGCCCACCAGUGUAGCGAUGACGACAAAACGAGACCCCUUGUUAAAUAGCCCUUCUUUCCGCUGACGGCCACGAGGACGCUCUGUUGUACAUACUUAUUUAAAACAGCGAAGGAGGGUAGCUAGGCACUGCGAACUUAACACAGCUGUUUCUAGCGUUGGCUCCAGUGGAUGGUUCCCACAGACGUUUUUUAUAUACCCAGGCACACCGAGACUCUCAUUAGUCUGUCGUUUACUUAGUUUUGGUUUUGUUGGUUCCUGCUGGGAAGUACGGACUCUGAAUUAGUUGUAGCUUUUCUUUUUUUUUAAAAGAAUCCAAAGUAGUGGAAUCCCAACAAUGUUGUGUGUUUCUGCAGCUCUCAAAGCAAAAUCUAAUCACCAGCUCUCGCGUGUGAUACAACUCGCUUCCACAUCCGUACACAACCAAGAACCUGUCCCACCACCCCUGCUCUUCCCUCUCACCCUCCGAGGACUCCAGCCGUCUCAGCAAGUUGAGCUUCAUACUAGCUAACUUCUUUGAAUAGAAAUUGUAGGCGGUAGAUGGCAGGCGUCAAACUCCAUUAUUAAAGGUAAAUGUGGAUGCCGCAGUUGCAUUUACUCAUUAAAGACUUUGGAUAUUUUUAAGCUGC